GUUCCGCGGGCUGAUGGCGAUGGCUUGAUUGGAGGUCAGUGUGUCUUGCCUCAAAAUUUUUCCUGAUCCGGUGCCCGACCUGCCCCUCGGUGGGACGACGAGCUCGAGACUCAGCCGGGUCGCCGCCGCUACACCAUGUGCGGCCGCAUGGCAUGCGCCCUGAGCAAGGCGUCGCUGCUGCACGCCUGCCAGUAUCAGGAUGAAGAUGGUCGCUUCUGCAACCCCAAGUGGGUGGACCUCAACAGCCGCGGCGAGUACCGGCCCUCGUACAACAUCUCUCCCAGAAACUACCACCCGGUGAUGCUGAGCAGCGUGCACGUCCCCAAGGGUGCCAGGGGCCGGACGGGCCACCGGAUCAUGAUGAGCCCCAUGCGCUGGGGACUCGUGCCUUCCUGGUUCUCGGGCGAGCCGCAGAACUUCAUCUUCAACACGGUCAACUGCCGCCUCGAGAGCUGCAUGGACCGGCGCAGCUUCAAGGGCGCCAUCGCCGCCGAGAGGCGCUGCGUGGUCGUCGCCGAAGGGUUUUUCGAGUGGAAGACUGAGACGAAUGGCAACAAGCAGCCGUACUACGUGUACUUCAAGCAGCCCCGGGGCGUCAACAUGGCGGCGCGAGAGUGGGACGGAGUGACCGACGCGCACCAGCUCAUGCACAACGGUCACUGGAUCGGGCCGCGCAUGCUGACCAUGGCGGGCAUCUUCGAUGUAUCCACCUCCAAGGAUGUCCUGUACAGCUACAGCAUUCUGACCAUGGACGCUCCACGUUAUCUACAGUGGCUUCACAACCGUGUGCCCCUCAUCCUGGACGGUGACGAGGCCGUGGCAUCAUGGUUGGACCCCAACUACUCCUUCGAAGAGCUGACGUACUCGGUGCGGUGCCCGGCCAACCUGGUGUGCCACCCGGUCUCCCCCAGUGUGGCCAAGGUGACCAACAACACCGUCGAGUGCGUGCUCCCUUAUCACACCGAAGAGGAUAAGGGCAAUGAUGUGGCAGCCAGGCCCAAGAAGCGUGCCUCCAAAUCGCCCUCCAAGCCCGUCAAGAAGGCGCACAGGAGCCGCUCCCGGUCGACCGCGAAGUCGGCCAGCUACCGCUCCUCCCGCUCGUCGUCGUCGAGCACCCGCUCCCACCGUCGCUCCCGCUCCAGGAAUGCGUCGCCGGCGGCGCGCAAGCGCUCCAAGACGCGCCACCGCGCAGCUUCCGACUCCUCGGAGCGUCGCCAGCGCAAGCACUCGCACAAACGCACCGACUCGCACCGGCACGGCCGCUCAAACUGA